GUUGGUGGUGGAGGGUCGAGCUGUCAGGACUCUAACACAAGCAGACACGAUGGCUCGCCCGCUGAAGGAAGUAUUAGAAGACCCGGAUGUCUACCAGGACCUGCUAGCCAACCCCAGUACCUUCAGGUUCAAACAGAGUGUGUCACUGGUCGUCUCUGGUGUCGAAUGGAAACCUCACUUGGAUUUCGUGAAGUCUCCGGACGGUCAUCUUACCGUUGAAGGUCCUGUGGCCAACUUGCUGAACAUGGUGGCUGCCUCACUUAACUUCACGUACAGUUUGGUAACACCUGAGGACCAAGCCUGGGGAAGAAAGCUCCCUGAUGGCAACUGGACAGGAAUGGUGGGACAAGUGUUUAGACAGGAGGCGGACAUCGCACUGGGACCAUUUGCACAGUCGGUGGAGAGGAGGCAAGCUGUAGACUACACUCAGUCAUUCUUUUUUGACGGACGAACUAUCAUCGCUGGGAAAGGUCGCCCAGAGAUAGACCCCUGGAGCUUCAUGUUACCCCUGCAGCCUCCGGUGUGGGUGGCACUGCUGGUCGGGCUGGUGGUGGCCUGGUUGUCUCUAGUGGUCAUGGGCCACAACCCCAAGGGCUCAUCACAACUAACAAGUGCCUCACACUUCAUGCGGGCCUCACACUUACUCUUCCAACACCUCAGAAUCAUUCUGCGUCAAGAUGUGAGUAUGAACAUGACACGUGGGCGGGAGAUGGUGUUAAUGGGUGGAUGGGUGGUGGUGUCGGUGGUGGUGACGUGUAGCUACAGUGGGACUUUGGUGUCACUGCUGGCGGUGCGUCACGUGCCGCAGCCCCUGCAGACCAUAAGGGACAUGUUGGACGCUACCCACAUCACGGUGGUGCUAGAGGGAGUGAACACCAUCGUACCUGUCACCCUCACUAAAAUAAAGACUGGGGAGCUAAAGGAGCUGAACGACCUUAAGUAUUCUGGUCGGAUCAAGUACAAGAACCCUGCAUUAUUUAAGAAAGAGGUGGAGCCACUUGUGCAGCGAGGAGACCACGUCCAAAUAGCCACCACCCUCACUAUCAACAGCCACAUCGACAGAGGUUUCGCUACAACCAGGAGGUGUGACUUCUACAAGGGGCGACAAACCUUCUUCAUGACCCAACACUGUCUCAUCGGCCAGAAGGGUAACCCUAUAGUGGCUGCUCUCAGUCGUAGGAUCAGAAGCGUGGUGGAGGCCGGGCUGUACCCUUACUGGCUGGACAAGAGUCUACCCGUCUACCAUAACUGUCGUCACUCGCCGUCCAAAAUUACCGUCCGGGAGCCUCUCGCCCUCGACAGCUUCUGGGGGAUGUUGGUGGUCCUGAUAGCUGGACACUUGGUGGCGCUGUUGGUGUUUUGCUUGGAACUCAACGCCGGCAGCAACUGACACAUCUUCCUCCUCCACACCUGACACACAUCUCACGCAAGAAAGUUCUCAAGAGUCAACACGAUGGUCGAUGUCUUCAGCACAAGUUUUGUCUCGGGAAAUGUGAUCAACAGAGAGUCAACGUAGGGGAGGUGAAAGGUGUGCGGCUGAUACCUGAAGUUGUUAAUAUAGUGAAGAUAACAGAGUCGAGGACAAGGACAAAGAUGUGUAAGAGUAAACCAACAUUUACUGAGUACUUUCAUGGAGUGUUAGAGAUCUUAGGACGACAACACUGUAUAAUAAUUCUCUCGUAAGAUGAACAGCCAUGUAGACAACAAAAGCUUUAUUAAACACACGAAGAGAAAAAUGUUUUAUUAGUGGUAUAAUAUUAGUGCAGGUACGUGUUCAGUCUGCUACCCUUAGUACACACAGAAUUGUUGUAGAUAUUUCAGGUUUGUUGUUGGUUUCGCUAAAUUUCUGUUACUAUUAUGUGAUGCCAUUGGAUGUUUUACCUUGAAUCAUUUGGAGGAAGCUUAAGGCAAAUUGAGAUUAUAAAAUAUUUUACAGAUUUUAAAGUAUCUUGUUGUGGUAAAGUUUAUGUUGCUAAUGAGUAAUUUUAUCCAAACAUGUUUUAAAAUAUGCAGGAAAUAACGAUCAAUAUUUUGAUAAAAUUAUCAGGA